ACUCGAAUUUCCGAACAAUGAAUUCAGACUCAGUGAUCGAGUUCCUGGGCUGUGUUCCGUUGCUCCAAAAACUCCCAAGUUCCUCCCUUAGAAAGAUCGCUUCGGUUGUCGCUGUUAAACACUAUGAUCAAGGUGAUUACAUAGUUCAUGAAGGGGAAGCAGUGGCGGAUGGAAUUUACUUCAUAUUGGAUGGAGAAGCUGAAGUCUGUGGGUCUUUCCAUGCUGAUGAGGAAAAUCGUCCUGAAUUUCACCUCAAGCAAUAUGAUUACUUUGGUCAUGGUAUGGCAUCAUCAACUCAGCAUGCGGAUGUUAUUGCAUUGUCUAAGCUGACAUGCUUACUCCUGCCAAAGGAGCAUACAAAUUUGUUAGAAUCCAAAUCAAUAUGGAGUGCUGAUGAGACACAUGAGAAAUUCUCACUUGCGGAGAGAAUACUGCACUUGGAUCCUGUAGAAGUUAACAUUUUCCAAGGUAUCACUUUGCCUGAUGCUCCAAAAUUUGGAAAAGUGUUUGGAGGACAGUUUAUCGGACAAGCACUUGCUGCAGCAUCAAAAACUGUCGAUUGUCUUAAGAUUGUUCACAGUUUGCAUGCUUAUUUCCUUCUUAUUGGGGAUUUUAACAUGCCAAUUACAUAUCAAGUGCACCGCGUACGCGAUGGAAAAAGCUUUGCUACCAGAAGGGUAGAGGCAAUACAAAAUGGGAACGUUGUAUUUACCUUGCUUGCUUCAUUUCAGAAAGAGGAAGGCGGAUUCAAUCACCAGGUGGCAGAAAUGCCUUCCGUACCUAAUCCAGAAGAGCUUUUAUCUAUGGAGGAAUUGCGAGAAAGGCGUAUCAUUGAUCCUCGGCUCCCCAGGACAUACCGGAACAAGGUUGCUAGUAGGGAAUAUGUACCCUGGCCCAUAGAGAUCAGGUUCUGUGAGCAUAAUACUUCCACCAAUCAGACUAAGUCUCCUCCGAGUUUAAGGUAUUGGUUUAGAGCAAAAGGAAAACUUUCUGAUGACCAGGCUUUGCAUAGCAGAUGUGUUGCUGCAUAUACUUCAGAUCUCAUAUUUCUUCAAGUUAGCUUGAAUCCUCACCGUGAAAAGGGUUUGAAGUCAGCCUCUGUUAGCCUGGAUCACUCGUAAGUACACAUGUCCUUCCCAGUAUUACAAAUUCUUCAGUUUUCGUGUUUUGCAUAGUUUGUAGGCUUUCAUAAAAAUUCUUGUAGAAUCGAGAAUGAAGUUUUCAUUCUGGAAUUAUCUGCUAUUAACAGAAGGUAACAAUUUAACACUAAUCAGUCAGACUUUGUCGAACCCACCGUGUUAGACUACUGAUUGCAUUCGUUAUGGAGCUCUAUAAAUAGUUUGUCCAAAUUUCAUGCAUCAACAAAUCAAACACACAUGCAUGUUUAUUUAGGAGGUCAAAUAUUCGAUCCCCACGAUAGUGGUAUCCUACGAGUUUGAGCCCAUAUUAGCUGGAUUUAAAUGGUCAGCUCUCCAGGCUUGAUUGGGUUUUCCAUGUUCUACUUCCAGAUCAUGUACAUUGAUUUUGGACAGUUUAGAGACAUGUGGACAGUGGUAGUGAUGAGAAGGGAAGGAAGGGGAUGGAAUUGAUCAGAGAAAGAACAAGAGAGGAGAGGGAAGAAGGGAAGUGUAAAAAUUGAGUCCUUAGUUCCGUUUUAUACUAUAAAGAACUUAUAAUUACUGUGGCUUCUAAUACAUCACUACUUAACAAAAUAUCAAUCCUAGUUAAUCAAAGUCUACCGUUAAUCACAUUUCUUCUAGAAUCCCUAUUAGUUAGCCAUUAUUGUUCUCGUUUCACAUCAAAUGAAAAUGUUUACGCAUGUUUAGCAAUGGAUAGACAUUGUCGUUUUCUUAUGCAUGACUUCGAAGUUUUAGUCAUUAGGCACUGUCUAUUA